UAUUUUUUUUUUGUUCAUCCAAUCCAUUUCACGUGUAAUAUACUUUUGCUUCCCGGUUUUCGAUUGCUAUUUUUGAAAAUAUUAUGAAUAAAAGACUGGUCAGUAAAAUAUUACUGGUCUCAUCAAUUGCCGGUGGAUCAUAUUUACUGGGUACGCGGAUUGAACGACAACGCUUACAGCAGAAUUUCGAUAAAGCCACCGCAACAGAUCCCUAUUUGUUUUGCAAUAAAGACAGUCUAUGGAAGGAUAUUCAAUCGAAACCUGGUUUGCCAGUAUUUGCGACGGUGUCUGCAGCCGUUCCUGUGCCAGCUACUGAAACAAAAAACCUAACUGCCACACCAAGUCGUGUGUCGCAGAUUAUGAAAUAUGGAUUUCCUGGUCUGGAUCACGUUCGUUCCUAUUCUGACUAUGUUCUCUCUUAUGAUCGACGCAAUCGCGUCGCUCAUUGGGUCUUCGAACACCUUACCAAAGAAUCCAUACAACCAAAUGAUGCUGUCGAUCGUUCCAAGUGUGACUUUCGCCCCGACGAGAGCAUCCAUCCGUUCUUUCGAUCUCAAAACACCGACUAUAGAAAGUCGGGCUUCGAUAGAGGUCACUUAGCAGCUGCUGGCAAUCAUCGUCUGCAUCAAAAACAUUGUGACGACACGUUCUAUCUAACAAACAUGGCACCACAGGUGGGACAAGGUUUCAAUAGAGAUUCCUGGAAUCGACUUGAAAGCUAUGUUCGAAAGCUGACAAAAGAAUAUCCUAAUGUUUAUGUUUGCACCGGCCCACUUUACUUGCCCCAUCGAGAGGACGAUGGCAAAAUGUACGUUAAAUACCAGGUUAUAGGAACAAACAAUGUGGCAGUACCAACGCACUUCUAUAAGGUCAUUGUUGGUGAGACGGCUGAUAAUCAUUUGGAAAUGGAAGCCUAUGUAAUGCCAAAUAAGGAAAUCAACAACGAGACACCAUUGCAAGUGUUUCAAGUUCCUCCAGAGACGAUAGAACGAGCGGCGGGCUUAUUGUUUUUCGAUACAAUCAAUCGAAAACAAUUGUCUAAGAUCAAUGGAAAGAAAGUUUAAUCGAAAUUAGUUAAAUUUAGUAAAUAAAAUGUAUAGUGUUUUUAUACAUUACAAAAAGUUGCAAUACCUACCUACCUAGUAAAAUAAAAGUUGUUUUAAAGUAAGUAGACUUUGAAAAUUUA